CACCGGAGAGACCCACAGAGGGACUCGUACCACAUUGCUGUAAUAAACAACAUUUUGAAGAGAAGUCCUUCAACAUUUCGACGGCAAGUGGGUCGCACGCCAUCAAAACAACACAACCGUGACGCCCAUGAUCCCAUUCUGGCUGCCCUGUUUAUACAGACAUAAUUUCAGUGCUUUAACCACCUCUGAUGCCACCUUAAAGAGGUGCAGUGUGUGGACGAAGAGCUGAUGAGGUGAAGAAAGCCAAAGGAGGCCACCGAGGUUCACCUGCUAUCUACUGGCCAUACUUCUGAGUGACCCUGCUGCAGACUUUCUCCCUCCAUCACUUCAAGAGGAGGCAGGGCUCCCUCUAGGUGCAAGAAACACCAUGUGCCAAAACUGGAGAGGACUCACCACUGCCCCAUAGACCGCCAAACCUCUUGUGAACCUUCCUCUCUAGCCUGAGGACGCUCCUAAACCUCCACACCGCCCACUGGCCAAGAUGAAGAAGGUGGCAGCAUGGUCAGCAGAGGAUGUCUCUGACUGGCUGAGCAAAGAGGGGAUGCCGGAGUACAUAGAUGCGCUCCGUCAGACGGACGGUGCUGCUCUGCUCAGACUCAACAAGGCAGAUUUCCAAAUGCCUCCCCUCUCGCUGGUGUCGUCUGAUGGCGGGCAGCAGCUAUUGGAGCAACUGGAGACGCUGCGGAUAGAGACUCAUAUAGAGGCUCACAAAAAUGGUCAUGCAAACGGGCAUGCUGGUGGGCUACCUAACGGAACUACCAAGCCCCAGAGAAAUGGCACAAUGGGGAUGAAGGACUUCAGGAUGGAGAUGGUCCACAUUCCCAUCCCUACAAUAGAAACAACGCGCUCCUCAUUCCCUGCGGAGUGGGGGAAGACGGGCAUAGCGUUCGUCUAUGCGGUGGUGUGCUUUGUCACCACCACAGUUGUCAUCUCAGUGGUCCAUGAGAGAGUACCACCAAAGGAGCACACCCCACCGUUGCCUGAUAAGUUUUUCGACCUGUUUGACAGGGUGGAGUGGGCCUUCUCCAUCUGUGAGAUUAACGGCAUGCUGCUGGUGGGACUCUGGCUGAUACAGUGGAUCCUACUCAAGUACAGGUCAAUUAUAGGCAGGCGGUUCUUUUUCAUUGUGGGCACACUCUAUCUGUACCGGUGUAUUACAAUGUACAUAACCACUCUGCCUGUUCCCGGGAUGCACUUCAAAUGCUCUCCAAAGCUUCUCGGUAACUGGGAGGCACAGAUGAGAAGAAUAAUGAAGAUGAUCGCAGGCGGGGGUCUAUCCAUCACUGGUUCACACACCAUGUGUGGAGAUUAUCUGUAUAGCGGCCACACAGUCAUGUUAACAUUAACGUACCUCUUCAUCAAAGAAUAUUCACCCAAGCGGUUCUGGUGGUAUCACUGGUUUUGCUGGACCUUGAGCGCUGUAGGGAUUUUCUGCAUCCUUCUGGCCCAUGACCAUUAUACAGUGGACGUGGUGGUUGCAUAUUUUAUCACUACACGCCUCUUUUGGUGGUACCACACGAUGGCCAACCAGCAGUCCCUGAAGGAGACGUCACAGAGUAACCCGUUCUCGCGGGUGUGGUGGUACAGACUGUUCCAAUACUUUGAAGAGAACGUCAACGGCACGGUCCCUCGUAACUAUCAGCUGCCAUUGUCAUUGCGGUCGUUGCAGUGGAACCGCGGCGUGAAGUACAGCAAACUGGACAUCCAGUGACCCUCAUCAUGGCAAAGUAGGAGAGGACUAUGACUUCCAUAAGUGCUGUUUUUACCCAUGGAAGAUGGCACUGUUAAAUGUAGCGCUGUCAUUUCACCUCUAGUAACAGACACAUCCCUGUCCAAAUGGGUAGCACUGUGACCCACCUAGUUUUUUUUUUUUGUGUGUAUAUACGUAUAUAUAUGUAUUAUUUUUGUUUUUUCUUGUCCUCUUUCUCCUCUGGUAGACUUUGCCAACAAAGAGCACUAAUUUAUAUUUGUUUUCUUUCUUUUCCUCUUCGUGGGCCACACAACAGUUUAUGAAGCAUUUAAACAAACUUCUAAAACACAAAGAUUUUUGGCCUAAAAGACUCAAAUAUUUUUUUCCCCCUCUCUGCACAAAACCAUAGUUAAUGUCUUCAUAUUCUUACAAGAUUUUUAGUGCAAAUGUUGUCAAACAAAUGCUCAUUUGAUAACCAAAAUGCCAUAAGCAUUUUUUUCUUUCUCUUUUUUUUAUAGGAAAUUACUUUUUGUAAACUGUCCUUGCUAAAAUGAGUCAAAGGUGCAAAAAAAUAAUUUUUUUAAGUAUGUCAAACUUUAUUUUUCAAAAACAAAUGAUGUCCAACAAAAAGAUUUUUAGAUUUUUACCUUUUUCAAGAUGGAUAACUGAGAGCAUAAGAAUCUAAUGUGGUAUAACAUUAUUCCAGUGCCUUUCUUAGCUUGAUUGUAAAACAGUUCAAGUACUAUGUGUCUUGUGUCUCUCUGUCGCGGCUGGGACCACGCCGUGGCACGAGGUGGUACCUAGUUAACAGUCUUGUUCCCAUGAAUGUAAAAGCAACUACGCCAGCCUUACCAGAAAAUUGGUUCUCCCAAAAUUCAGUGCAGUGAGUGAAAUGUCCCGUUUAUUUAUUGACGCUUUACGAUGUCAGUUUGUGCUUAGUUGGUCUAUACUGUUCUUACAGAAAAUGACUGUUAACUGUAUUUUUUUCAUGUCUGUAACAUUUCAUUCUUACCAAUCAGUCUUUAACCAACACCAGCCAAGUUCAAAGCCCAAUCAUUGAAACUCAGCUCGUUUUACUUUUCCACAACGACAUUAUCUACUAAACACCACUGCCUGAUUGGUAAACGGGGAAGGCAUGUCACUGAGUUAAGUUAAUCUUGACCUGGACAUGUCUUGUGCAUCACCGUGGUGUCGCUUAACGAGUCCCUCUCUUGUUCCCCACAAUGAGUCCCAUUUUGUAAUCUCCUCUAUACUGUCUGGUCUUGUAACCUUUCAGGUCAAUUUUCUGAGCAUGUCUGUAUGUAUUUUUUGUGGCUCAUCUCGUACUAAAGCUGCUACCUUCCAGUUUGAAGACAGUGUAUCUUCUACAUUGCCUCCAUAAGUGCGACGCCAAAACUAGAAGUAGCAAACUCUCAACUUGGAACUUGUAUGUGGGCAAAGAAACUUUAAAAGACAGUAAGGUCGUGAAUCAGUGACAGUGUUCGAGGGGUCUGACUUUGGGUCAAGUACAGCAGAUCACACUAUAACUCAUCAUAACUUUGUUUAAAUUUUGACUGAAAAAUCCUUCCACCAGAAUUUUUUUUUCUAAAUCUAAAUAUGUGUGUUUGUUUAUUGGUUCCAAACAAAUCAUAGCUUUGUCCAGCAACUGCAUGGUCCAAGAUAGCGUUAUAUCAUGAUACAUAACAAAUAAGACAGGAACACGAAUGCACGUGUUUAGAUAAAAAAACAUCAUUAAGCACCAUGUAAAAUGUGUUAAUCAGAUGGAAGGAUCUUUCAGUCAAAGGCGACACAACAUAGAUAUGAUUAUAGUGUGAUUUGCUAUUCUGGCCCCGAUGACUCCAACAGAAGUGACACCACAGUCUGGCUCCUGGCGCGCUGACUCAUGACACUUCCUUUAUUUGUGUGUGGGAAAGAAGUUAAAGCACGGUGCACAGAGCUGGUGAUAUAUUUGACCAUUUGCGUGCAAGAUAACAUUGAUUUCCAUGAAUGUGAACAUGCGUCCUUAUUGAUAUCCUAAUCACGUAUAGAUGUUUUUUUGCUUUUCUUUUUGUAACUGCGACUGAACUGUAAAGAAAAAGUAUUGCACAAGUUCAUCUAUAGGGAAAGAUUUAACUCGUUUUGUGAAACUUUAAUUUCAAAUUAAACCGAUUAGCUUUGAUGAUGAAACUGCACUAAGUGUUAGAUUAUACAAAUCCCAAAUAAAUAAUAAUGUGAUUAAUUUCUUUAAACAUUGUUAAAAGGAGGGGGAGCUUAUAUCUUUUAAUGCCAACAUUAAUGUUUGAGACAACUUACCCUCCUCCCUGUAGCAUUGUCCAAUCAUUUCACUUGAACAGAGAACGGUUUCUCAGUUUUUAAGAGCACAGCAGGUUCCUCACAUUCGGCCGUUUUUUUGAUUUGAGAUCAUGCUUGAAUUAACGGUCCAAACUCUGCUCUCUAAUGUUUGAGGGCUUUGAUAAGGAUGACGGUUGGAGUUCAUGUUUGUUUUCUAGUUUGCCAAUCAAGUUUUGUUUUUGGUUUUGUUCUCCUGUAUGUUUCUCUGUAAACUUCUCACCCUCGUUGUCCCUUUUUUUGUGCGGAUGUUUGUAAGAUAUGAUAAAGGAUUCUACUUGGGACGCUUUUGAAUAAAAUCUUUUACUAUAAUGUA